AUGUACCGGUUCUUUGAAAUUCUCCUUUCUCCAUUUACUAACAUCUUUCCCAAAGGGUUUCCGGUCUCGAAGUUGAUACCAUUACUCAUUCUACAAAUCUGUGAAUCGUUUGUCGGCAACUCGAUUGGGUCGUACAGUGGAUUUAUGGUCAUGGACUUUGGGAUGGUUUCCGAGACCAACGAUGCGGGGUUUUACAGUGGUUUAUUGUCUGCGAGUUUUCAAUUAGCGCAAUUCAUAAGUAGCUUCUUCCUUGGUGUGUUGUCCGACAACAUCGGGCGCCGGCCAAUAUUGUUAUUUGGUUCAUGUGGUUCGUUUAUCGCGACAAUCAUGUUUGGGUUUUCGUUCAACUUUUGGUGGGCUGUAGUUUGUCGCUUUAUCAGCGGAUUUGUGAAUGGGAAUAUCGGUGUGAUCAAGACGUUCAUGGGUGAAUUUUCGAAUAAAGAGAAUCGUGCUCAGGUGUUUGGGUUGAUAGGACUUACGAAUGGAUUUGGGAUGAUUAUUGGGUCUGCACUGGGUGGGUACUUAGCCCGACCAUGUAUUCAAUACCCAAAGGUAUUUGGGGGUAUCACAUUUUUCGAGACGUUUCCAUAUAUCCUUCCCAAUAUCGUGUGUGCGUGUUUUACUCUCAUAGGAGUCGUGUUGUCAUUCUUUUAUUUGCAAGAAACCAAACCCCGCGAGAAGACGACUGACCCGUGGUACAUAGAUGUCUUGACUAUCAUCAAAAAGGUUUACCAACGCAUGAUCGCAAUAUUUAAAAUGGCGUUUUCAAAGGAAUACCAAGGGUUGUUGUGUUGUGUGAUGUAUGGAAUUAUAGGUACACAGGCUGCCGUGUUGUGGAGUAUCAUACCUUUACUCUUUAUGGCUAGUGACGAAGUCGGAGGGUUCGGAUGGGGGACAGACCAAAUGGGCAAUUUUGCGAUGGUCUCUGCAAUAGGCAUUAUCGUCACACAAAUGUUUAUAUACCGUCCUGUCGUCAAUAAAAUUGGUGUCUUGUGGACGAAUCGAAUUGGUUCCAUCGGGAGUGUCUCGAUGUUCCCUUUGUUCCCAAGCAUCCACUACCUUUCUAAGUAUGGGAAAAUCGUCAUGUGGUGUGGGAUAGUACCAAUCAACCUUUUUACACAAAUGACCAACCAAUUUUGUUUUGCAUCAGUCAUGGCACUCAUCGCUAAUAGUGUAAAGAGCGAUUUGUUGGGCACUUUAAAUGGUCUAUCGCAGUCCAUGGUCGCAUUCUUAAGAAUGGUCGCUCCAUUGGGAUCAACACCACUGUUUGCUUGGUCUCUUGGUAAUCAAUUUCCACUCAACAUAUACUUCCCUUUCUUCUGUUUCAUGGCGUUCGGGUUCAUCGAUUUCUUUGCGUCACUCUUCUUGCCAAAGUCAAUCAAUUUCCCGAAGGAGGAAAGCUUGGGAAAAGAAUAUAAACAAGUACCAGAAGAAGAGAUGGACAACAACAAAGAGAAAGAUGGGCAAUCCCCGAAGAUUGAUACUGAAAAAGAAAAUAUUAAAGAAGAACAAGACGUCGCAUUCUCGGGAAAGCCUUCACCAUUCGUGGAACAGAAAGAUGUCGAUUUCGAAAUACCAUUGCCUGAACACUUGGAUGACGAAGAAAUUGAACUUUGA